UAAAUAUAAUAUGGGAUUAUGUAGGAACGCUGAAAAAUCACAAUUGUUCUCAGCGAGCUUACCCACGAAGAAGACAACGCAGUUGACUGCAGAUGAUAAUAUUACUUAUCUGUAUGGUUGGUAUCGUUCAAACGUUCGAAAUUUCAAACUUACCAACUGUCAGUCGACGUAAAGUGUCAUAAGAGUAGAUACCUAUUACUACCUAUAUUAGUAGUGCACUGCAGUUCCAAUUUCCAAGUUCCGAUUCCCCGUCAGAGGUCUCCACAAGUCAACUUGUGAUGCUUUCUAGCUGUAGGACUAUAAGUGCACGCAUACAGAGCCGUGAAUUACGCGCGCUUCCAUGGCGAUAAGAAUUUUGUUUACGCUACCGGCAACCGCGGCUCCUCCGCGACAUUUCCAAAACAAUCCGCCUAAGUACUUAGUCGCCGACGCCAUACGCAUGGAUCCACAGCCGCCCGGGAUUCCGAGCACAGGGAAACGAAAGGAAGAUGACGAAAGGCCGCGGGCUGCGGCAGGAAUCGAACAGGUGGACCAAGUCGGCAUCGGUGACGUCCUCGGGAUCACUGCCGACAGGUUGGAACGCAUUCGCCGAGAGCUCGGGCUCGUCCGGCUUAGUUGGCAGGGACGCGUCAAUCUCGAGGACAUCGAGAAGGAGAACUCGGAGCUGCAGUGGCCAGAGAGCUAUCGGACGGUCAGCGAUAUCGAGAAGACGCUGUUCUGGUACGCCGAGAACUUUCGCCGGCAGCACCGCGCGGUCUACCCUCAUCGAAAGCCGCUACUGCUUACCUGUGCCAACGAGUGCGGCGUCCAGGUAAAUUAUCCCGUUAUUUCGCCAUCACAAAUAAGUAAGUACUUCACUCGGAUAGUUAGGUUAAGCCACUUCCACUUACGUUGAAUAUAGAGGACGCAAGACUCACGGGAGACAGGGAAGUAGAGGUUAAGGGCUCAAGAUCAGAAAUCUCAAAAUGCAAAUAAUUGUUCGAUAUCGUAUCUUUUUAUUCUCGGUGUAUUUUUCGAUAAAUACUUUCGACUUUCACAACGUACAAAGGCGCUCUUCAUAUACUUAUAUAUAAAAGAAUUGGAACAUAAAUAAAGUCACUAUCUCGACGUAAUUAAAUUUGCUAUAUCAAGUUCAUGCGAAGGUAACAAUUAUAGGAAUGCCGUUCAAAAAAGGUUUACACUCUCAUUUAUAAUUUUUCCUUUUUUCUUUUUAUUAUUCUUUAAUGACCACAGGCUCACACAUGUCAUCAAUAAAUCGCCACUUUUCAUCGUGUUUGUUAUUUUAUUUAUUUAUUCUUUAAACUCUUGCUUCGGUGGUUUGCUGGUUUGUUGAAGUAUAGCUUAGCCAGAUUUACGGAUAUGCGGAUGCGCUAGUGAAACGUUCAUCGUAUUAGAGAAUCGAGCACACAUUAGUCAAUUGUCCUUAUCUACCUUUCGAUUUGACUACGAGCCUAAAUAAUAAAAAUAAACUUCGCUAUACAUUGACAUUCGCACAUAUGCUACGUCCAUCAUCACUCGGAGGCGCAAAUCUACAAUACAAGGUCAUCCGGUAUUUUCACAGUCUUAUUUACAAAAAAGAAGUUGAGGAAGUAGAAGAUUGCGAUGAGAAUGGAUAGAAGAACUCCAGGCAGAAAAGAAGAAACACUUUGGUAUUUCGUCUCGCUCGUUCAUUGAACAUAAUAUUGUAACUUCUCCGCUCUUACCCGGCGUAAUUUUUGUCUGUCGCUCUUACUACUUAUAUGCAUCAGUGCAGUGCUCUCGGAAAUUAUUAUUGCGCGCGCGCGUUCGCCAAGGCAUCUCCCAGCGGAUUCUUCGAUCGAGAUCAAUGUCGCGCUACUUUUUCUUUGCACCUUCCCACAUAUUUUUUUUUACGCUCAUCUUUACGCGGCGCUGGCUAUUUUUCAAACCUUUCUUUUACAUAAUAUUACUCUAUUCAAAUCUUACUUUUUUGUCGCCUCUUUUAGUACACAAUAUUUACAUGCAAGUUACAUAAAUUUUCUCAAGAUCUCAACAAUUUACAAAUCGCACAGAUGCCUGCCUCUUAGUUAAGUAGCGAAUGCCGGGAAAUUUUCUUCAUUAUUUUUCUUUUUUUUUUUUUUUU